AUGCCUAUCUUCAACGUCGGGUCUAUCGUCAUACAGCUCGUGGUCUUCGUGACAACCCUCGUGAACUUCCACUCCGCCUUGGCCCACGUUGAGCCGGUCCUGCUCAUUGUCCUCUACAUCCUGUCCAAGGUUCUCGGCCGCGCGCCCGAGGACUUCUGGACGUUGACAUGCCACGACCCGUGGUGUCAGACCCAGAGGCCGCCCUCAACGGAUAUGUAA